AUGCGCACGACCUACGUUAUCCUCGUUGCGGCAGCUUCAAUUCUUGCAAGCACCAGCGAUGCGUCAGCGGUUAAGGUUCCAAACCAGAAUCAGCUCCCAAAAGAGCACCCGAUUGACGUUGCUCAAGUCACUGAAGACAAAACAAGCAGAUUCUUGAGACGCCGGGAGAUCAGCGAUGAAAAUGAAGAGAGAAGCUCCCUUGGCAAGCUCGCUACCAAAUUGGACGAUAUGGCGACCUUAUCGGCUCUCAGAGCUGUGAAGGACAAGGACCUGAUCUCAGCAUGGCAGCACCUGCAGCAAAUUACUUCGUCUUGGAAAAAUCGCGAAGCCAUCUUGGAAUUUAUUCAGCUUGACCAGGCUAACCGUAAGAAGGUCCUGAAAUUGAUUGUCGAGAACGCUGCCAAGACAAAGGGGAUUCAGUAG